AUGACUACUUCAGAUAAGGACUUUGGUUUUGGUCGUUUCAUGGGUAAACAUGGUAUGGGUUUGCGCAACGAUAUGGGGGAAAACUUGUUAGACUUGUUAUCAGAAUUUGACCUCUUUGCCUCCAACACUGGUUUUUAUCAUCCUGCUCGACAUACGACCACCUACACUGGCUGGAGGAAGGACUGGAGUGCCGGGCGAAAUAGUAAAAAGACGAUCCCGGUCUAUUCUCAGAUCGAUUUCAUCCUGUGUCGGAGUAGGUCGAAGCCAAUGCUACAAGAUUCUAGAUCUUAUGCAGGCACUUUGACAUACUCUGAUCACAGAUUUGUUGUCACUAGAGUAGACUUUAAGGACAUCUGUCUUUGCUAUAAACGCCACUCCAAGACAUCCUUAAAGUUCAACACCUCGAACCCCACCAUUCAGGUGAAAUAUCGUCAAUCCUUAGAUGAUAACUUAAGUAACACUGUUUCUGCUCUGGAUCCAAAUUCAGACUUGAAUGGCUUACUUGAGUCCAUAAAGGAUGCUGCAAAAUCGUCAAUUGGUGUCAUCAGACACAGGAAACGUAAUCGCAGCGACGAUGAUGAGGUGAAAAACUUAUCUAGCCAGCGUUACUUGUUGAGACAGCAGCUUAAUGAUAACCAGUCUUUAGACAGAACCUCACUUAGAUCAUCUAUUAACUGCCUCACCAAUCAGAUCAAGCAGAGACUUUCUAACAUACGAUCAGCUGCUGCUGAUGCUAUCUGUAAUACCAUCAGUUCAACAACAGAUAGUAAGAAAAUGUUUGAAGAUGUUCGAACCCUGAACUUACCUAAAGCCCCUUCUUGUAUUGGUGUUCAUGAUGAGAAAAGGUGCAAUAUUGCAACAGACACUGGUAAAGCUGCCGUAGUUGCUAAGUACCUUGAGCAACAACUUACUCGUGAUGAAGCACCUUUAGAACCUUUUGUAGGACCUCCUCGCCCACUAGUUAAGCCAUUCACAAGUGAAGAAAUCGGAUCAGCUGCCAGAAGUCUCAAAAAUGGUCGAGCUAACGGCCCAGAUGGAAUUCCUAACGAGCUUCUCAAGUAUUCUACUGGAUCAGUACACAGACGUUUUGCAGACAUUAUCAAUAGAAGCUUCGAGACCAAUUCCUACCUUGACCCCAUUGGACAGGCAAACAUUACCCCCUUACAGAAGCCAAAUAAGCCCAUUGGUUCAGUGAAGAAUCUACGACCCCUCACUCUCUCAGAUGCUGUUAGAAAGAUUCUUUCAAUGGCAACCUUGAAGAGAAUUGAGAAUAAAGUCAAUGCCUUCACUGGUCCAUGGCAAUGUGCUUACAAGCAGGGUAGAUCAUGUGCUGACAUUGUAUGGUGCCAGCGUGUGAUGUUAUCAGUUGUCCAGAGGAAGAGGUGGGAAUACCAUCGUAUGGGGAUCGAUAUGUCUAGUGCCUUUGACACUAUACGACGAUCUACCAUCCUCGAUCUUCUUGUUUAG